UUAUCUGAACUCUGUGACAACAAAGUAACUGUACUGUAGCCUACACAUUUCUUGUCUUAGUAAGAAACACUGAAGAAAACAAUAGCUUCCAUGAUGGAUCCGGACAAAGCUAGUCCGUCCCCCUCCACACUCCAGGAGUCCCCAGGUCCACCGCCUCUCCGUACUUUACUGCUGGUUCUGGUCGACUGUAGGAAAACACCAGGGCAGAGUGGAACUGAGAGACGAGAAGAGGAACAUGGAGAUAUGAUUUCAUUAAGUAAGAACCAUGGGGACAUCAAUAAUCGUUGCUCUCUUAGUGGGAGGGGCUUAUCAUCUGGACAGCCUCAACAACAUCAUGAUGCUGACAAGAAAGAGAAGAGUCUCUCCAGAUCAGAACACUUCAAGAAACACCAGCAUAGAGGUAUAGGGAAGAAACCUCACCACUGCUGCUCUGACUGUGGGAAGAGUUUGGCUGAACAAGACUUGACAAUUCAUGAGCAAAUUCACACUCUAGAGCAUGCAUCUAAAACCUUGAAAUCUCAUCUGAGAACUCAUUCAGGGGAGGGACCUUAUACCUGCUUUGAUUGUGGAAAAUACUUAAAUCAGUCAGGAGCCCAGACUAAACACACAGGAGAGAAGCCUUAUAGCUGUGAUCAGUGUGGGAAGAGCUUCAAUCACUCAGGAGCCCUGACUAGACACCAAUGCAUACACACAGGAGAGAAGCCUUAUAGCUGUGAUGAGUGUGGGAAGAGCUUCAAUCACUCAGGAGCCCUGACUAGACACCAAUGCAUACACACAGGAGAGAAGCCUUAUAGCUGUGAUCAGUGUGGGAAGAGCUUCAGUCAAUCAGGACACCUGACUAUACACCAACGCAUACACACAGGAGAGAAGUCUUAUGGCUGUGAUCAGUGUGGGAAGAGCUUCAGUCAAUCAGGACACCUGGCUAUACACCAGCGCAUACACACAGGAGAGAAGCCUCAUAGCUGUGAUCAGUGUGGGAAGAGCUUCAAUAAUUCAGGAUCCCUGAAUACACACCAACGCAUACACACAGGAGAGAAGCCUUAUAGCUGUGAUCAGUGUGGGAAGAGCUUCAAUCAAUCAGGAUCCCUGAUUACACACCAACGCAUACACACAGGAGAGAAACCUUAUAGCUGUGAUCAGUGUGGGAAGAGCUUCAAUAAGUCAGGAUCCCUGAAUACACACCAACGCAUACACACAGGAGAGAAGCCUUAUAGCUGUGAUCAGUGUGGGAAGAGCUUCAAUAAGUCAGGAUCCCUGAAUACACACCAACGCAUACACACAGGAGAGAAGCCUUAUAGCUGUGAUCAGUGUGGGAAGAGCUUCAAUAAGUCAGGACACCUGACUACACACCAGCGCAUACACACAGGAGAGAAGCCUUAUAGCUGUGAUCAGUGUGGGAAGAGCUUCAAUAAAUCAGGAUCCCUGAUUACACACCAACGCAUACACACAGGAGAGAAGCCUUAUAGCUGUGAUCAGUGUGGGAAGAGCUUCAAUAAGUUAGGACACCUGACUAUACACCAGCGCAUACACACAGGAGAGAAGCCUUAUAGCUGUGAUCAGUGUGGGAAGAGCUUUGCUCAAUUUGGAAUCCUGGCUACACACCAACGCAUACACACAGGAGAGAAGCCUUAUAGCUGUGAUCAGUGUGGGAAGAGCUUCAAUCAAUCAGGAUCCCUGAUUACACACCAACGCAUACACACAGGAGAGAAGCCUUAUAGCUGUGAUCAGUGUGAGAAGAGCUUCAAUCAUUCAGGAGCCCUGACUACACACCAACGCAUACACACAGGAGAGAAGCCUUAUAGCUGUGAUCAGUGUGGGAAGAGCUUCAGUCGAUCAGGAGACCUGACUACACACCAGCGCUUACACACAGGAGAGAAACCUUAUAGCUGUGGUCAGUGUGGGAAGAGCUUCAGUCAAUCAGGAAACCUGACUAAACACCAGCGAAUACACACAGGAGAGAAAUCUUACUCCUGUCUAUGUGGAAAGAGCUUUGCUGGUUCAGGGUCACUGAAAAAACACCAGAAAGCACAAACGUUUUCUUUCAUUUCCCUCCUCUCUGGCACUGGUUCCAGAUCCCUAAGUAAGUUUAAAUCGGUGCUUGAGGGACCCGGCCAGCAAGCGGCGAAGUCCCAGCGGGACCGAGACUCAGGGGCCGUCAAUGUGGAAGAUCCCAGCACUGGCCUGCCAGCCAGGAAGUAUGCUGUCGUAAUUGUGUCCAUGAUCCACACUCAGAACUUACUGAAAGAGCAUGGAGCUCACCCACCCUCAUCAUGGAGCUCACCCACCCCCUUCAUAGAAGUAAUUUGUACCACAAAAUCCACCUUCGUAGAGAGGUGUUUCAGGGAGGCAGACUCCAACGGUUCGAAAGGCGGCUUUGCCAAAGCUGCCAAGACCACAUCCAAAUCCCAGCUCGCCAUUGAGAGCGUCCUAGCUGGGCGCAGGCGACGAACCCCCUUCAUAAACCUGGAGACCAAGGGAUGGCACCCCACUGGCCUGUCCAUCCACCCCACAUGGCAGGCAGAUAUAGCGGCCAAAUACCCUCUCAGUGUAGAGGCUGCAAAGCCCUCAUCCAAAGAGCCUCCUGGCAGAGGCCCAGCUCUCCUGCAACGCCUCGCGGAACUCAGCAGAGAUGGGGACAGAUGGAAAGUCAUCACUGUCCACCAGUUUGAUGUCCAGUGCAGUGGCUACCUGAGGGUGAGCAGUGCCAGCAUCGUCCUCCAGGAACAGCCUAUCACUGGCCAAAAGGGAAAAGCUGCCGUCGCCAUCGACGCUAUCAACCUCCUGACGCCCUCUGAUCAAGGUGGCCCCAGCGGUCCGACUCCUGCCCCCGUCCAGGCCUGGCAACAGAUGGGCUCUGCCUGUGGUGGCUCCGGCCACGCUUCCUGGGAGGGUAAAGGAGAACAAGACAACAGAAAGUUGUUGACGAGGACAGCUAGCGACGAACAGUUCAUAUCAUACAAAGAAACAGCUUCCACAAUGGGUCGGGACAAAGCUAGUCCGUCCCCCUCCACACUCCAGGAGUCCCCAGGUCCACCGCCUCUCCGUACUUUACUGCUGGUUCUGGUCGACUGUAGGAAAACACCAGGGCAGAGUGGAACUGAGAGACGAGAAGAGGAACAUGGAGAUAUGAUUUCAUUACGUAAGAACCAUGGGGACAUCAAUAAUCGUUGCUCUCUUAGUGGGAGGGGCUUAUCAUCUGGACAGCCUCAACAACAUCAUGAUGCUGACAAGAAAGAGAAGAGUCUCUCCAGAUCAGAACACUUCAAGAAACACCAGCAUAGAGGUAUAGGGAAGAAACCUCACCACUGCUGCUCUGACUGUGGGAAGAGUUUGGCUGAACAAGACUUGACAAUUCAUGAGAAAAUUCACACUCUAGAGCAUGCAUCUAAAACCUUGAAAUCUCAUCUGAGAACUCAUUCAGGGGAGGGACCUUAUACCUGCUUUGAUUGUGGAAAAUACUUAAAUCAGUCAGGAGCCCAGACUAAACACACAGGAGAGAAGCCUUAUAGCUGUGAUCAGUGUGGGAAGAGCUUCAAUCACUCAGGAGCCCUGACUAGACACCAACGCAUACACACAGGAGAGAAGCCUUAUAGCUGUGAUGAGUGUGGGAAGAGCUUCAAUCACUCAGGAGCCCUGACUACACACCAACGCAUACACACAGGAGAGAAGCCUUAUAGCUGUGAUCAGUGUGGGAAGAGCUUCAGUCAAUCAGGACACCUGACUAUACACCAACGCAUACACACAGGAGAGAAGUCUUAUGGCUGUGAUCAGUGUGGGAAGAGCUUCAGUCAAUCAGGACACCUGGCUAUACACCAGCGCAUACACACAGGAGAGAAGCCUUAUAGCUGUGUUCAGUGUGGGAAGAGCUUCAAUAAUUCAGGAGACCUGACUACACACCAACGCAUACACACAGGAGAGAAGCCGUAUAGCUGUGAUCAGUGUGGGAAGAUUUUCAAUCACUCAGGAUCCCUGACUAGACACCAACGCAUACACACAGGAGAGAAGCCUUAUGCUGUGAGAUGUGGGAAGAGCUUCAAUAAGUCAGGACACCUGACUACACACCAGCGCAUACACACAGGAGAGAAGCCUUAUAGCUGUGAUCAGUGUGGGAAGAGCUUCAAUCAAUCAGGAUCCCUGAUUACACACCAACGCAUACACACAGGAGAGAAGCCUUAUAGCUGUGAUGAGUGUGGGAAGAGCUUCAAUCAAUCAGGAUCCCUGAUUACACACCAACGCAUACACACAGGAGAGAAGCCUUAUAGCUGUGAUCAGUGUGGGAAGAGCUUCAAUAAGUUAGGACACCUGACUACACACCAGCGCAUACACACAGGAGAGAAGCCUUAUAGCUGUGAUCAGUGUGGGAAGAGCUUUGCUCAAUUUGGAAUCCUGGCUACACACCAACGCAUACACACAGGAGAGAAGCCUUAUAGCUGUGAUCAGUGUGAGAAGAGCUUCAAUCAUUCAGGAGCCCUGACUACACACCAACGCAUACACACAGGAGAGAAGCCUUAUAGCUGUGAUCAGUGUGGGAAGAGCUUCAGUCGAUCAGGAGACCUGACUACACACCAGCGCUUACACACAGGAGAGAAACCUUAUAGCUGUGGUCAGUGUGGGAAGAGCUUCAGUCAAUCAGGAAACCUGACUAAACACCAGCGAAUACACACAGGAGAGAAAUCUUACUCCUGUCUAUGUGGAAAGAGCUUUGCUGGUUCAGGGUCACUGAAAAAACACCAGAAAGCACAAACGUUUUCUUUCAUUUCCCUCCUCUCUGGCACUGGUUCCAGAUCCCUAAGUAAGUUUAAAUAGAAAACAUGUUAAGAGUCAUGUCUCCCAUUCUCUAACAGUUUACUAAGUCUGAUUGCCAUGGUAACCUGUGUAGCAUAAUAUGCAGCUCUGCAUCCAUAUGUAUCAAGUGUCUUGGAGUAGGAGUGCUGUGUGUGGGAUGGGGUGGGGGUGUUCAGCGCUGUAUCUUUUAUUUUCUUAACUCAUAUUAUCCAUUAAAUAAUGUAUAAUAAAAUGUUUCACCACUAGUAGGUGUAUAUUCAUGUGUGGGGGAAAUGUUGUCUGAAGGGAGAGCCUUGAAUUGUACUGCUUGUCUCAUACAAUCAUUGGUUCCUGUAGGUGCUGGGUAGAGAUGUGAGGGGGAGAUGGUCAUGACCCCCUCAGACAUUUUGGCAGAACGUCCAGAAUAUGUUCUAUAAGUUACAUGCAGGAACCAAACGUUAAUGAUGAAUAAUGUAAAUCAUGCAAAUAUAACUUGUCUGUGUAAGCAGUAUAUAAGAGAACUAACGGGACUGCCCCGAAAGAGCUCCCGACCGAAGUGUACUAUGGUGCAUUAAGUUUGUUGCAACCUCUCCAGCUUGCUGAUAAUAAAGAAUGAUGCAUUUAA